CACACACACUCAACACACACGCACGCACGCACGCGCGCGCGCAACACACGCGCGUCCAGGAAUAAUGCAUCCGUCUUGCACCGAAUGGGACUCUCGUCUUGUGGUAUAGAUCCGUGUCAAAUCCGGAGCCAAAAAACAACCAGAAAAACAAAGGUGACUUUGGGAACUUGUGCUUGUUCUCUCGCUCCCUUGCGUUGGGUCUCUCGUUACGUUGCCUUUAACUCCGGCAAUGUUCAAGUGUUCAAUCGUUUGAAGAGGAACUCUCAUCCCAUUUCAUCUCAAAGUUUAUUUAAGGAGCAACCCAUUCCUUUCGGUGGUGGUGGGCGGAGGUGGUGGGGGGUGGGGGGAGGAGGAGGAGAAGGGCAGCAAAAAUCAUGGAGAUACGAAAGGAUGAACUGAGGAAAUUGACGGGCGACACCUUGGGACGUCUUCACAGGCUCCUCGAGCGACGGCAGAAAACGGGGGAGACAAUUGAGCUGACGGAGGAGGGUCGGGCAGUGGAGGUACAGGAGAAACGUAAGCCGGUGCUGGACUGCACCUGCUGUGGCCUCCCACGGAGAUACAUCAUCGCCAUCAUGAGUGGCCUCGGCUUCUGCAUCUCCUUCGGGAUCCGCUGCAACCUUGGAGUGGCCAUCGUCAGCAUGGUGAACAACAACACCGAAUACAGGAACGGCAAGCUGGUCAUGGAGAAAGCAAAGUUCAACUGGGAGCCAGAGACAGUGGGGAUGAUCCAUGGUUCCUUCUUCUGGGGCUACAUUGUCACACAGAUCCCUGGAGGCUACAUCUCCCAGAGGUUUGCUGCCAACAGAGUGUUCGGGUGGGCCAUCGUGGCGACAUCUUCCCUCAACAUGUUGAUCCCGCCGGCAGCGAGAACCCACUACAGCUGCGUGAUAUUGGUGCGGAUCCUACAGGGGUUGGUGGAGGGCGUCACGUACCCGGCCUGCCAUGGCAUCUGGAGCAAGUGGGCGCCUCCGCUAGAGCGAAGCAGACUGGCUACCACGGCGUUUUGUGGCUCCUACGCUGGGGCGGUGGUGGCAAUGCCUCUCGCGGGGAUUCUCGUCCAAUACCACGGAUGGUCUUCCGUCUUCUACGUCUACGGCACCUUUGGUGUUAUCUGGUACGCCUUCUGGCUGCUCGUCUCGUACGAGAGUCCGGCCGCCCAUCCCACCAUCUCCCAGGAGGAGAGGACCUACAUCGAGGAAGCCAUCGGAGAAGGAGGCAACCUGAUGAAUCCCCUCGUGAAAUUCAAAGCUCCCUGGAGGAAGUUCUUCACCUCCAUGCCCGUCUACGCCAUCAUCGUGGCCAACUUCUGCCGGAGUUGGACCUUCUACCUGCUCCUGAUCAGCCAGCCGGCUUACUUUGAGGAGGUCUUCGGCUUCGAGAUCAGCAAGGUUGGCAUGAUCUCCGCGUUGCCCCACCUGGUUAUGACCAUCGUGGUGCCCAUUGGCGGGCAGAUCGCAGACCACCUCCGCAGCAGGCGCAUCAUGUCAACCACAAAUGUCAGGAAAAUGAUGAACUGCGGAGGCUUCGGUAUGGAGGCAACUCUACUGCUUGUUGUAGGAUUCUCUCACACCAGAGCGGUUUCCAUCACCUUCCUGGUCCUCGCUGUGGGUUUCAGUGGAUUUGCUAUAUCAGGUUUCAACGUGAAUCACCUGGACAUCGCGCCCCGGUACGCCAGCAUCCUGAUGGGGUUGUCUAACGGGGUGGGAACGCUGUCGGGGAUGGUGUGUCCCCUGAUCGUCGGAGCCAUGACUAAGCACAAGAGCCGGGAAGAGUGGCAAUACGUCUUCCUCAUAGCCUCUCUGGUCCACUACGGUGGGGUGAUCUUUUACGGCCUCUUCGCCUCGGGGGAGAAGCAGCCGUGGGCCGAACCCGAGGAGCUGAGCGAUGAGAAGUGCGGCUUCAUCCACGAGGACGAGUUGGCGGAGGAGACGGGGGACAUCACCCUGGGCGCCAGCAGCUACGGAGCCACCAACACCACCAACGUAGUCAACGGAGGAUGGGCAUCCGAAUGGGACAAGAAGGAAGAGUUCGUCCAAGAACCGGGCACGGACUCAUAUAUGUACGGAAGUUCCAAGGACAGGGACCUAUCUUGAAGACAUCCGAGGAGAGAGAGAGAGAGAGAGAGGAAGGAAGG